AUGACAAGCCUCGACUCAACCCUUUCCACUCGCCCCUCAUUUCCAUUCCCCCGUCUUCUUCUCCUCACAACAGUUGAUGGAGAAAAGGUUUUUGUUUUCGAAGACGUGGCAAAGAACAAGGAAAGGAAUAAUUGUUGGCUAUUGAUAUCUGGAAAGGUGUAUGACAUAACCAAAUUCUUGGAGGACCAUCCUGGAGGAGAUGAAGUCUUGCUAGCCGCUAGUGGAAAAGAUGCGACACAGGACUUCGAAGAUGUUGGUCAUAGUGAUGAUGCAAGAAACAUGAUGGGGAAAUACUACAUUGGUGAGGUUGACAGCUCGACUGUUCCUGCACCAAAGAAGAUCAAAAGGGAGCCAAUUUCAGUGACUCAUAAAGGCGAUGAAUCUGGGUUUCUGUCUAAAAUAUUACCGCUCUUGGUUCCCCUCUUGAUCUUAUGUUUCGCAUUCGGUUUGCGCUUCUUGGGGGAAAAGGGAAAAGCUGAAGCUUAGCUUUCCUACCUUUUCCCCCCAUUGUUGAACAUUCAAAAGGUGUGCGGCUGCUGAUAAUAAAGUUGGUGAAAGCUGUGUUUGUUGUAACAUUCAAUGAAUAUCUUCUAUUUGUUGCUAAUAAUAACGGCUUGACAUGUCUCAUUCUCAA